UAGAGAGAGAGAGAGAGAGAGAGAGAGAGAGCACUCAAGGGUUUCGUUCAUGGCGCCCAAGAAGAAACCGAACAAUCCGGCGCCAUCGCCGUCUCCGUUGCCGGCGACCUCGAGAAGGGUUACGAGGAGCUUCGCCGCCGCUGCUGCCAAGCGUCAAGCCGAGUCGGAGAGCGCAGCACAGGAGCCGGCUAAGAAGCCCAAGACUGCUGCUAGGAAGGGGAAGGCCAAAGUCUCUGAUGGUGGACAGGAGAAGUCCAAAGCGAUGGAGGCUGUGAAGGAGGAGGUAAAGUCCUCUGAUGAUGCCACAGAGCAUGCUCACGAGUCCUCCGUCUCCCAGAAGGUCGUGAUCGAAGCUUGCAAGCAAUGCAAUUCAUUCAAGACGAGGGCUUUGCAUGUGAAGGAUGGUCUGGAAAAGAGCGUCCCUGGCAUUACAGUUGAGAUAAAUCCAGUUAAGCCACGCCGGGGAUGCUUUGAGAUACGUAAUGCCAAUCAGAUUUUCCUCUCACUUCUGGAUAUGCAGCGACCUUUCACUCGAAUGAAGAAUCUUGACAUGGACCAAGUUGUCCAAGAUGUGGUGCAAAAGAUUCAGGCUUUGCCCUAAACCAUCCUUUUAAUCUCAUUUGAUGAGGUUUUUCUUUUUCACUUGGGUAUUGGUGAAUGCAAGCAUUCUGUGACAGGUGGUUCCUCAGACUCAUGAACGUAACAUUCUUCAUCCGUUAUUAAUUCUAUGACAGACCGCCAUCUAGGCGAGUUUUGUAAACAACUAUUGUGUUAGAAUUUCUUUCGUUUUUCUUUUAAAAACUGUCAAGAUACUUAGAAACUUGUUGAUGUUUUGUUGAUUUCAAGCAGAAGUUAAUUCUUGUUAGUUUUCCUGUGGUAAAUUUAUUUUGUGCAAAUACCACCAUUA